AUGGCAACUUUAGAUUUUGUUCCUGUGUAUGAAGAGAAGGAAGUUUAUUCAAUUGCUGGUAAAGCUCUUAAAUUGAAUUCUGAAGAUGAUGUCAAGCCAUAUUUUGAUGAAUUAUCUAAAUUAGAAAAAUGUUCAAAGUUGGAUUUUUCUGGUAACACUAUUGGUAUUGAAGCUUCCAAAGCUUUAGCAAAAUUUAUUGAUACCCAUGAUUCAAUAAGAUUAAAUAUCAAAGAAAUUAACUUUGCUGAUUUGUAUACUUCUAGAUUAGUUGAUGAAGUUGUUGAAUCUUUGACUGCUUUAUUACCAGUUUUGUUGAAGUGUCCAAAAUUGGAAAUUUUGAACUUAUCUGAUAAUGCUUUUGGUCUAAGAACUAUUGAUCAAUUAGAACAUUAUAUUGCAAAUGCUGUUCAUUUGAAACAUUUAAUCUUAAGUAACAAUGGUAUGGGUCCAUUUGCUGGUGAAAGAAUUGGUAAGGCUUUGUUUAAGUUGUCUCAAAACAAGAUAGAAAAUAAAGAGUCAAUGUUGGAAACUUUUAUCUGUGGUAGAAACAGAUUAGAAAAUGGUUCCUCUUUAUACCUAGCUUUGGGUUUGAAGAGUCAUGGUGAUGGUUUAAAGGUUGUAAAGUUAUACCAAAAUGGUAUAAGACCAAAAGGUGUUGCUACUUUGAUCCAUUACGGUUUACAACAUAAUAAAAAAUUGGAAAUCAUCGAUUUACAAGAUAACACUUUCACUAAGCAUGCCUCUUUGAUCUUUGCUUCUGCUUUGCCAAUCUGGUCGGAAUCCUUAAAAGAAUUGAAUUUAAAUGAUUGUUUAUUGAAAGGUGUUGGUUCAGACGCUGUCUUCAAAGUUUUAAAAGAAAAGAAGUUCGGCAAAUUAGCAACAUUGAGAUUUGAAUAUAAUGAAAUGGUUCAAGAGACUUUAGAAUCCUCAUUUUUACCUGCAUUAGAAAAAGGGAACUUGCCAAACUUGAAGACAUUAGAGUUGAACGGGAACAGGUUAGAAGAAGACUCUGAAGCAUUAGACAGUUUACAAGAAUUCUUUGAAGACUUAGACUUGGAUGAUUUUGAAGAAGUUGAUAGUGAAGAUGAAGAAGAAGACGAAGAAGAAGAAGACGAAGACGAAAAAUUGGAAGACGUCGAUGUAGACCACUUGGAAAAGGAAUUAAUAGCAUUACAAGUUGAAGAAUUAGCUAAGGAAUUGUCAGAAACUCAUAUAUAA